ACAAUUUGUAGUUUUGGUUUUUCAAUUGUUUUCUGAUCUCCCUUGGAAAAUUUUGAUAUUUCCUGCAUUUCUACAUACUUGUGAUGUGCAUUUCCGUGUGAAAAGUGUGCAAAUCGCAAGGGUGGAAACCAAUGGGUGGUUUGGACAUUGAAUUGUGUGCGUGGUGCGGCUGUGAAGUGCGCCAUUUGGGCCAAAAGUGCGUUGAUGCUCUGUUGGUGUAAAUAGAGCGAGUCAUGGAUGAUCAGGAGCCGGAUUCCACGAAAAAGCUGCCAGAAGGGAGAGACUGCAGCCCGACUGUGGUUCCGGGGAAUGAUCAUCUCACCUACGACACGGAUAAAUUGUCUGCGAGCGAUAUUGAUGUUAUAAUAUUGGGGAAUUCCUGCAAAACGAACGAUUUAGAGGAGAGUUCAAUGGUGAACAAAGACAUUGAGUACCGUCUGGGUUGUCCGGGCAGUCCGGCUCCCACGUCCACGUACCAGACCUUUCAGCACAACUUCGAGUACGAGACGGACAAGGGGCUGGGCGAGGAGACGAAGCCGCCGGCGCUGCCCAAGCUCACGAUAAAGCGGACGGCUCCGCUCGUGGAGUCGCAACUGACGUCCUUCUUCAGCAAUUCCGGCGGCCACGAGGUGGUGGAGUCUGCGUCGCGGGAGCACGAGGAGGCGCCCGCGGACGCGCAGUCUGUGCCGAAGCUGAAGCUGAAGAUCACGAAGGACACGCAAGUGGCCACGGAGUAUCAGCCCAUCCCCAAGCUCACCAUCAAGACGAACUACUUAGAGCAGGGCAGCAGCACGACGGUGAUCCGGGAGGACAUCCCCGAGUCGCUGCCCAAGCUGAAGCUGAAGACUACUUACAAGGCGGAGGACAUGACGCCGCUGGAGAUUGUCACGCCAUCGCAGAAGAUGCUGAUGGACAACAGUGAGGAGAACUGCCAAAAAUCGCCGCGUAUCAUUCUCAAGAUCAACAAGAAUCAGAGCUACUGCGUCUCCACGACCAAUUGCGAUACGCCGGCCAAGGUUCAAGAGGCUUCCACGACAUUCUCCACCCCCAGUGAAUCGCCGAAGGUGUCGCCGGAAGAGCCGAGCAGUCCGGCGGACAUGGACGUGCAGAUCACCUCUGUGGACAGCCACACGAAUGGCGAGGAGAAUGCCAAGAGUGCAGGCAACUUCUCGCUGGACAAUCAGGUGAACUCCACUGACAUGGACAUGGAGUGCAUCCUUCCGGACGAGCCGCAGGAGAGCAACGGCGAGGACAGACUCCUCAAGGCGGACUUGCCGCUCAGCAGCACCAAUGAGAUGAGUGACAUCUCCUUCUCCAAUUCCAUGAAUGACAACUGUAUCAUAAUCCCGGACGAGAGCAACUCGGAUUGCGUGCUCGUGGGGAAGUCCAGCAACUCCCUGGAAGAUCCGCUGCAGGUGCCGAACUUCAAGGAGUGCUUCCCGACGUUCGAGGGCAGUCUGCCGGAGACGUCGGCCGAGAAUUCGGUGGCGGAAGUGGUGCCUGUGCCCGAGGUGCCGGUGAAGCGACGCCGCGGGCGUCCUAGGAAGCAUCCGCUGCCGGAGGAGCCGCCAGCGGUGGCCGUCGUGGCGGACUCCACGACCAAUCACCAGCGGAGUCCGAGUCCCACGCGGAAGGUGCGGAAGAAACGCGUGAAGAGGACCCCCGUGGCGCCGGCUAAAGUACAAACAUCGAAACCUCCAGCUAGGCAGAAAUUUAACAAAAACAAAUACUUUAGGCAGAAGAUGCUCCAAGAGACGCUAAAUAAUUCAAUUCAACUGUUUGAGGAGGACACGCGAAUGAGCGGAGAAAUUCCUACAACAUCCACAAAGAAACAAUCGGCAACUCCGAAGAUCAUCCAAACCAACUCGCAGAAGACAAUGGACUCAUCGAGUGUCGGUGAGGACAGCAGUAACAAGACCAUCACGAAGAAGUCGCGAGGGAGAAUGGAGGUCAACGAGGAGGGAGGAACGGAGUUCACGGUCGAUAUGCUGGCGGAAUAUGACUGGCCGCCGCCGGUGGGUUGCUGUCCGAACAAGAACCGCGACACUUACAUGCUCCAGGAGCAAAUAGCUGAGCAUCUCGGCGUGAAGAGCUUCAAGCGCAAAUAUCCUUACUUGUACAGGCGCCCAGUGGAGAUGGAGGAGCGGAAUUAUUUGGUGGAGAAGAAGCUGGUGUCGGAGAAGAUGUCCAACUUGGGCCUAACAGCUGUCUAUGCGGUGGAUGUGCUGGACAUAAUGUACCAGGACUUCAAUGACAAGUACGAGGAGUACAAGAAGUACCAUCGCGAGAGGCAGCUCAAGGAUUCCAGCAGCAAGCAGCAGAAGGGCGUGAAGACGGAGGUGGACAAGGCGACGGUGCACGAGAAAGCGCUCAAGUCUACGGCAUCGUGGAAUACGAAGUUCAACAAAAUGCGGAAUGAGAACCGGGUGGGCUGUAUCGAUCUGCAGAGCUACAUUAUCAAUAUUCCGAGGCGCAAGAAGCCGCCGGCGCCCGUCUUCUCGGAUCCCGCGGCGACGGCCUAUCCGGUGGAGCUGAUACCAGGACAGUAUUCGACACAGUGGGAGUCCUACACGCCGGCGAGUCUCAUCUAUUACCCGCUCAAGACGGCGAGGCCACUGGACGGCGAGAAUCCGUUCGAGUGCUUGGUGAAUCACAAGAAGGAGCCUGUCGUGAGCUCGUCCGAGAGCUCAUCGGAUUCAGGAUCAGAUACCAGUUCAAUGGCAUCGAGUGAAUCCUUCUCUGAUUCCGAGGAGGAGAACGCCAAGGACGAAUACUGCUCGAUGUGUACAAAAGAGAAUCCACCUGAGAAGAAGAAUGCACACAGCAGAGAGGAUCAGAAUUGCAAUCCGUGCACGUCGUGCAAGCGAAAAGGCGACUAAAGCGCGUGCGACGACGCCGGAAGAGGGCGGCGAGAGGAUUUAGCGAAAAGAAGAAAUUGAUAUUUUCCUGCAAUUCUAGUUAUCUCGGUCUGCAGUAAAUCACACACAAUCCAUCUUUCACCACAGGCGCCUCAUUAAAUCAAAGUGGACAAUUUAUUUAUGUUAGUGACGUGAAAGAUAUUUUCAUUUUUAUCUCCUUUCUGUCUUUACUAUUAAUGGAUAGUGUCGCUGAUUUGUAAUCAGUGGCUAAUAAUUUGUUUUCUUUUUUUUGUCUCUUUUGUAAUGGAAAAAAAAUAAGGGGGAGAUGAAUGAUGCGAAGAAAAGUGUAACUUGAUGAGAGAAAGAGAGAGAGAGAGAGAAAAAAUGUGGAAUGGAAUUAAUACACUGAAUCAUUUCUUUUGUACUGAUAAAGUAUCAAUCAAUUUGCAUGGCUUUGCCUUUCGGAUUAGGGCGCACCUUCGCCAUGAAGAUGAAUCUGUUUAUUUUCCUAUUCUCACUGAGGUUAAUCCCUUUUGGACUUUGAUAUGUUAUGAUAGAACUGUUCUGCCCUGUUGUGGCGUCAUGCUGAGGAUGGCCUAAAACCUGUAUUAAUCUAUCUAUUAGUUGAUUUGUGGAACAAACAGGAAUAUCGGAGAAAUGACGUGCAUUUUCUUCCUUUUAUCGUCGGAGUUGUAUCUCAGGUGUUUUGGAGUGCGUCAACUUGGGGCGAUUCAAAGAACCUUCGAUGAAUGAUGGUCAAUUUAUGUAAUUCUUUUGCCACUAUCGCUAUCAAGAUUGCCGGACGGUCUCUUUUUUAUUAAUUAACUGUGCG